GCCGGAGCCCGGUUGCUAAGAGAGGCCUAGCUCGGCCCAAGGCGUGAACAUGGCGGGCAGCAGGCUAGAGAAGCUGGGCACCGUGUUCUCCCGUACAAGGGACUUGAUGCGCGCUGGAGUGAUGCCUGAAUCGAAGAAGCCAAUCUGGUAUGAUGUUUAUGCUGCUUUCCCCCCGCUGAGGGAGCCUGUCCAUCAGGAACUUCGUCCACGUUACGGCAAAGUGCAGGACACGGUACCCACCAUCCUGUACAAGGAAGAUGAGAUCCGAGCGAAAUUUUAUGAAGCUUAUGGAAAUGGUCCAAAAGCCUUUGAACUGUCCAAAUUAAACUUUAAAUCCACGUGCCAAAGGUUUGUUGAAAAAUAUACCGAACUACAGAAGCAAGGAGAGGUGGAUGAGGACAGACUAUUUGAAGAAACUGGGAAAGCUCUCUUGGCAGAGGGAAUUAUCUUGCAAAGAAAAGCAACAGGCAGUGUCGCCCAGCAGGCUCCCCAGGAAGCCAAAUCCAAGGAUCCGUUGUUAACCGUGAGACUCCAGAGCAUGCUGCAGGAGAUGCAGGAUGAUGCAGACGCCCAGGAGGCCCCGCCUGUGGAAGUGCAAGAGGAAGAACCCGUACCGUCCUAAGGGCAGUUAUAAUGCCUUCUCCAAGUGAGCCUCUUGAUCGGGAGCCACUUCCUCGAGAGACUUGAGCAUUCUUGCCUGCUGGAGAUGCUCCACCCACCUCCACGUUGCCAGUUGUGCAAAAGUUAUGAUUGUCUACUUUAGAAGAGCAGUGAGGAUUAUCUUAUUUUGAGAGGUUUUGUCACAUGGGGGGGAACAUCACAUGUUGAACUGGAUUGGGUAAUUAAAAGGAUGGAUCAGUCAAUUCAAAACUUUAGUCAGAACUGUGACUUGCCAGGAUAUUUCCAUUUUCAGCCAUUUGAAAGGCUAAUUGGUUUGAACAGAGAGUACAGCAGGGAAACGUAGCAAGAAAAGUCAGUCUUGUCCAUUUUCCCUCUGUUUUCUUUCUGCCAUAGUUAAAAGUUUGAUUUUGACACUUGAUGUGGGUAGAUCUGAUAUGUCUGAAUAAGUUGGGAUCACAUUAAGGGUAACUGCAAGUAACGUCCAACGCGUAUUUUGCUCGGGCGUCAGCACUGGGCAAAUGGAGCUCCCUAUCUUUGUAUCUACGAAAAAGUUAACCUCUUCUGCAUUCCGGUCAGCUGUUGUGCUUGCUGUGUCUUGAAAGCUAGAAUUACAGAUUUCGCUUGAGGAAACAAAUGAGAAAUAUUCUGUGCAAACCUUUUCCACCAAAGUCCAUUCUUGGUGCGUAUUUAUAGAGGCAUGGCUGAACAUCCAUCCAGCAUGGUAGUAACAAGCAAGCGCUUAAUGUGCAUCCGUUGCUUCUUUAAAUGAGCACUUGUUCUGUAGAGAAAUAUAUUAAAGUGGGGUACGUGAUCGUGACUUAUCAGGCAUAGGAAGAGCUCUGCUGCAGCAAGCCAAAGGUCCAUCUCGUCCAGCAUCCUGUUUCCCAUAGUGGUCAACCCGAUACCUCCACAAAGCCCACAGGCUGGGUACACCCCCCCCCUCUGCUGCUGCUCCCCAGCCGUUGGCGUAGAGUGCUGUGCUGCCUAAAGGAGAAGGUCUCGUCUGCGAAGUGUGCUAAUAGCCAUGAAGAGGCCAAACUACCAGGCAUUUUUUCUAGUCCCCUCUUUAAGACUUGAGAACCUUUUAUGAUUAAGAAAUGGUUAGUCAACAAACGAAUAGCCAUUGCCACAAUCUUGCACUGGUGUGUGUCAUGCAUUGGGUGAAAAAGUCCUUUCUUUCAUUGGUCUUGAAAACAUUGUUCAUGAACACCAUUAGAUGGUCCUGAGUUCUAGUGUUAUUGGAGAGGGAGAAAGUCUCCACACAGUUUAUAGCUUUGUAUAUAAAGGCAUGUUGGGUAUUAGGAUUUAGAAUCCACAUCUCCUUUGAUAAGAUAGAUGUAAUGUUCUUCACUAGAAAAUGCUGUGACUAACAAGAAACUGCAGAAACCGAAGUUUAGAAUUUAGACACUGGUUUAUGCUUUCAAAUGUACAGGAAAACUGCAGUUUAAAAGAGCUGGCCAUUUGCCAGCCUUACCAUGCCUUUGGGAAAUGUAUCAGCUGGAACAUUCACAGGGGGCAGCCACGGAGACGCUUCUUGGUGCUUCUUCAUACAGCACAUGAUGAAAUCACAGCAGUGGUUCUCGAACUGGGUCAUGACUCUUGCUUGUUGGAAUGUGAGGCUGGGGGAGAACUGAGUGAGGAGGCUUAGUGACAGGUUUGGUUUUACCUCUACAUAAAGCACAAAAUGACCAUGCAAUACAGCACGUUGCUCAGUAAUGCUGUAUAACCAUAAACAUUAAACAUGAAAAAUCAAAUAUCAA